AGUGCAAAGCCCUUGGUGAGUUUCAGUGUCAGCGCAGCAGCAAUUUUGUCGUUUCUCCCGCCCCACUUCGCGAGCCAAAUACCAGGUGCAGUAAAUAAGGGAGAAGAAUUUCUCUCGACUGCUCAGGGACCAACCAGGGAGGCUGGGCUGGGAGCCCCAGUGUUGCGUUCCCUUCUGUUCUACCAUGCCAGGGGUUCUCAUGACCCUGCCAGGCAGGAGACUAUCUGGAGCUUUAGGGCAGCUUCUAGGGGGCUGGGGCAAAAGCUGGAACCCCUGGGUGUUGGGUAGUGUCAGGAGGGGCACGUGGAGCUGCAGGGAACCAAGCACUAGCAGCCUUCCCUGUGGCACGGUCCAGUUGGUGUCAAGAGCCUUCCGGAACCGGGCAGCUGCUCCCCCACUAGGCAUGGCGGCUAAGGUGGAUCUGACCACGUCCACUGACUGGAAAGAGGCAAAAACGUACCUGAAAGGUCUGAAUCAGAAGCAAAGACGGGAGCAUUACUACACCAAGGACUUUGUCACACUGAAGGACAUCGACACCUGGAAAAAAAUGGCUAAAAGUGCCCGACUGAAGCAGCCCGAGGAGACCAAGUUCCCCAAGGACAAUCACCUGAAUGAGAAGAUCUCGCUUGUCCGCCGGGACAUCACCAAACUGGAGGUGGAUGCAAUCGUCAAUGCUGCUAACAGCUCCCUGCUUGGAGGCGGUGGUGUGGAUGGGUGCAUUCACCGGGCCGCCGGGGAGCUGCUCAAAGAGGAAUGCCGAUCCCUGAAUGGGUGUGAGACAGGGAAAGCCAAGCUCAGCUGUGGAUACCGGCUCCCUGCCAAAUAUGUCAUUCACGCAGUGGGUCCCAUUGCCCAGGGGGAGCCGAGUGCGUCCCAAGAAAAGGAGCUGGAGAGCUGCUACAAGAACAGCCUGAAACUGGCCGUGGAAAACAAACUCCGCACUGUGGCCUUCCCUUGUCUUUCCACAGGCGUGUUUGGGUACCCCAGCGAUGCUGCGGCCGAGGUCGUCCUGAGGACGCUGCGGGAGUGGCUGGAGGUGAACAAGGAGAAGGUUGACCGGCUGGUGAUCUGCGUCUUCCAGGAGAAGGAUGAGGAGAUUUACAAGGAGAAGCUGCCUCUCUACUUUCCCAUUGCCUGAUCCUGACCCCAUCCCUCCCCCCUGCAGACGCCACCAAGCAGCUGGCAGCCCAGCCCUGAAAGGCCCCCAGAGAUGCUGCCUGCCUCCCUUCUCUGCUGAUUGUCCCCCAACCCCCACAUUAUUGCGCCCGUAAGAGAAAAGACCCCCCCACCUCCAACUUCAGCACCUUCCCUUCCCCCAGUGAGACCCCCCCCGCUUCCCACCCCAGCUAAUAAAGUUAUUUGCUUUGAA